ACUUCCUUCAUGUCCAGAAAAAUGCAUGCGCAAUGGAAGGAUUUCCAUAAACCACAAAUGGCGAAUAAGAGGACAAACAACAGACCCUCUAACGUGGACGAAUACGACAUGGCAAAUGCCAACGUGCCGAGUAAUAACAAGUCGAUAAACAGCGAUUUAUACCAAGCGGUGUUCCCGAUCUAUCACAUCAGCAAACUGACCGGUGUAUUUCCAACGAGAUUUGUACGACUGGUAUCUGGCAGGUAUCAAGGGCGAUUGAGCAUCGUCGAUAGCAUUUACAGUCUGCUCCUAUUGGCAUUCCUAAUAGGCACCGAGAUCUACGCUUUCUGGCUCGAAAUCAGAUGUGGAUGGGAAAACAGCAUCCGACUUAAGUCGAGGAACACAGUGAUGACUACCUCAAUCGACUUGUUUGGUGUAAUGAGUCUCACAGCCGCCUCCAUCAUCGGUUCAAUUCUGUACUGGCAGCACGUGCGGACUGUCAUCGAUAAAUUGGUUGAGUGCGAUGAGAAGAUGGGAAUCGUAUCGCCGAAGAAGCUACAGAGGGUCACCAUCAUAUUGACGUUGGUCAGUCUCUCCUAUACCAUCAUUCUUUCCGGUCUCGAUGUCUAUACAUUGUGGAAAUACGAAAUACAGCAGAAUAAAAAGCUGUAUGACGUAGGCCCACUCAAACAUCUUCCCCUGUAUUUUAUGUACAUCGUCAACGUUAUGAUGGAGCUGCAAUUUGCCAUCAUCAUGUACAACGUGGGCCAGCGAUUCUUCAGGCUCAACAAAAGUCUCGAAAACAUCUUAAAAAGUAGCAAGAUUACAAAUCAAUUCAAGAAAGAUCUUGGAUUAGCCGGUGACCUGCGAGAUCAAGGACAACUCAUUACGUAUGUCCAACAAGAAAUAAUGGGAAAUACUCGACUGUUUCGUAAAUCGAAGAUCAUGGAUUCCACUGGCGCAAAUGAUAAUAGAAGUUUCAUGGACAAGAUAUCCCGACUGUUGGCAGUACACUCAUCUCUAUGUGACACAAUCUCGCAUAUAAAUAUCGCUUAUGGGGUCUUUAUACUACUAAUUACGAUUACCUGCGUAACACAUCUAGUCAUUGCGCCAUCCUUUUUGAUAUUAGAUCCUGGCAGAACGCGCGAACCUUUAUUUUUCACGGUGGAAGCACUCUGGUGCGUCUUUCACACUUUGAAGCUGCUCAUGAUUGUGCAGCCCACAUAUGCCACUACAAUGCAGGGAAAGAAAACAGCAGUAUUGGUAAGCCAAUUGCUGUCAGCGAGUUAUGAUAGGGAAGGCACGAAACAACUAGAAAUCUUUUCGCUUCAGCUUCUGCACCGCCCGUUAGAAUUUUCAGCGUGCGGACUCUUUACCCUGGAUCGUAGUCUAGUGACUUCGAUUGCUGGCGCAGUCACAACGUAUCUUGUAAUACUGAUCCAGUUCCAAAAAGAGGACGACACAAAGAUCAGUUUUGACAACAUAUUGAAGAAUGCUACGUUAAUCCUGAAGAACGCGACUACGCGGCACAAUUUUACAGCGGGAAAGUUAGGUCUAUAA